GGAGACAGUGGGCGGAGGCGGGGGCUCCGUGCGGCCCGGAGGGGGUGUGUGCGGGGGGCCGGAGGCGGUGGCUGUCAGAGUCAGCUCAGCCUGCGCGGGGGAACGUCCGCUGCCUCCAGCUCCCGGCGCGGCCCGGCCCGGCCCGGCUCGGCUCGGCCGCCUCAGCUGCCUGCUUGCCCUGGCAGCCAUGAGGCCCCCGUGGUGUCCUCUCCACACUCUCUUCCCGACGUCCCCACUCCUUCUCCUCCUCUUCUUCCUCCUGGGAGGAAGGGCAGAGCGCCUAGAGGACCCAGAGCUACUAGUGACGGUGCGUGGGGGCCGGCUGCGGGGCAUCCGCCUAACAGCCCCUGGGGGCCCUGUCUCUGCUUUUCUGGGCAUCCCCUUCGCAGAGCCACCCGUGGGUCCCCGUCGCUUUCUGCCGCCAGAGCCCAAGCAGCCCUGGUCAGGGGUGCUGGAUGCCACCACCUUCCAAAGUGUCUGCUACCAAUAUGUGGACACCUUGUACCCUGGCUUUGAGGGCACCGAGAUGUGGAAUCCCAACCGUGAGCUGAGUGAGGACUGCCUCUACCUCAACGUGUGGACACCCUACCCUCGGCCUACAUCUCCUACCCCUGUCCUUGUCUGGAUCUAUGGGGGUGGCUUCUACAGUGGGGCCUCUUCCUUGGACGUUUAUGAUGGCCGCUUCCUGGCCCAAACAGAGGGGACUGUGCUGGUAUCCAUGAACUACCGGGUGGGAGCCUUUGGCUUCCUGGCCCUACCAGGGAGCCGGGAGGCCCCAGGCAAUGUAGGUCUCCUGGAUCAGAGGCUGGCCCUGCAAUGGGUGCAGGAGAAUGUGGCAGCCUUUGGGGGGGACCCGAUGUCAGUGACUCUGUUUGGGGAAAGUGCAGGUGCUGCCUCCGUGGGCAUGCACCUGCUGUCCCCACCUAGCCGGGGCCUGUUCCACAGGGCUGUGCUUCAGAGUGGUGCACCCAAUGGCCCCUGGGCCACGGUGGGCAUGGGAGAGGCCCGCCGCAGGGCCACACUACUAGCCCGCCUCGUAGGCUGUCCCCCAGGUGGGGCUGGUAGCAAUGAUACAGAGUUAGUUGCCUGCCUGCGGACACGGCCAGCUCAGGACCUGGUGGACCACGAGUGGCACGUGCUGCCUCAGGAAAGCGUCUUCCGCUUCUCUUUCGUGCCUGUGGUGGAUGGAGACUUCCUCAGUGACACUCCCGAGGCCCUCAUCAACACUGGAGACUUCCACAGCCUGCAGGUGCUGGUGGGUGUGGUGAAGGAUGAGGGCUCCUAUUUUCUGGUUUACGGGGCCCCAGGCUUCAGCAAAGACAACGAGUCUCUCAUCAGCCGGGCCCAGUUCCUGGCCGGGGUGCAGGUCGGGGUCCCCCAGGUGAGUGACCUGGCUGCCGAGGCUGUGGUCCUGCAUUACACAGACUGGCUGCACCCUGAGGACCCAGCACGCCUGAGGGAAGCCAUGAGUGAUGUGGUGGGCGACCACAACGUCGUGUGCCCUGUGGCCCAGCUGGCUGGGCGACUGGCUGCCCAGGGUGCUCGGGUCUAUGCCUACAUCUUUGAACACCGUGCGUCCACACUCUCCUGGCCCCUCUGGAUGGGAGUGCCCCACGGCUACGAGAUCGAGUUCAUCUUUGGGCUCCCCUUGGAACCCUCGCUAAACUACACCGUCGAAGAGAGAGCCUUUGCCCAGCGACUGAUGAGAUACUGGGCCAACUUCGCCCGCACAGGGGACCCCAAUGACCCCGGGGACCCCAAAGCCCCGAAGUGGCCACCAUACACGGGGGGAGCGCAGCAGUAUGUGAGCCUGAACCUGCGGCCCCUGGAGGUGAGGCGAGGGCUGCGCGCCCAGACCUGCGCUUUCUGGAACGGCUUCCUACCCAAAUUGCUCAGUGCCACCGACACGCUGGACGAGGCGGAGCGCCAGUGGAAGGCCGAGUUCCACCGCUGGAGCUCCUACAUGGUGCACUGGAAGAACCAAUUUGACCAUUACAGCAAGCAGGAUCGCUGCUCGGACCUGUAACCCAGGAGGAACCCCCACGUCCCGCCGCCCUGCCCGCCCCUCCAGGCCCGCUAGCUGUAUAUACUAUUUAUCUAAGGGCUGGGAUAUAACCGGAGCCCUAGACCCUGCCCAUCCCGACUUUGCCCGGGGGCUCCCGGUCCUCUGCAUGUCUCGGCCGAGCCCCCUCCCCCCAUCACUCCCCCGCGGUGCCUUUGCCCCUCUGGGCUGCCAAUAAACUGUUAUGGCCA